UUCAUGGCCGUAUUGGUCGCGUUGCAUCAGCAAGUGCAAUGUUCAUCUAUUUUCGGUUGUUUCGCAGUCGCGAAUAUCAUUUUAAGGACCAGUGAUUUUUAAUCUGGAAAAUGGCAGAAUCGGAACAAAGAAACAAAGAGAAUUGUAUUGUAGGACCGAAGGAAACGAUGGUGAAACAAGAAAAGCGUGAGAACACGUUGACGAAUGGCGGGAAGGGAUCUGGCGAUGACGCGGACAGUCUGGAGGAAUUGCCUCUUGAUAUAGGCGAACACUACCUCGUCCGUAGAUCAGACGAUUCCUGGCAUCCAGCAGAAAUUAUUCAAACUCGAUAUAAUGAGAGUGAAAGCCAUUAUGAAUAUUAUGUACACUAUGAAGGACAUAAUAGAAGAUUGGAUGAAUGGGUACCCAGAGAUAGAAUUAUGUCAAGCAGAUUUGACAUGAGUGAUAGGAGUUGGAAGAGUGGAGAUAGAAACUCUGGUACUGAUUUAUUGGCAGACUCUUCAGAUCGUAAAAUUACAAGAAAUCAAAAAAGAAGACAUGAUGAAAUUAAUCAUAUUCAAAAGACAUAUGCAGAAAUGGAUCCAACAACUGCUGCUUUAGAAAAGGAACAUGAAGCAAUAACAAAAGUUAAAUACAUUGAUAAAAUCCAAAUUGGAAAGUAUGAAAUUGAUACUUGGUACUUUAGUCCAUAUCCAGAGGAAUAUGGUAAACAACCAAAGUUAUGGAUUUGUGAAUACUGUCUUAAAUACAUGCGACUUGAAAAAACUUACAGAUAUCACAUGAGUGAAUGUACACAUAGACAACCAGUUGGCAAAGAAAUAUAUCGCAAAGGCACAUUAAGUAUUUGGGAAGUGGAUGGUAGAGAGCAUAAAAUUUAUUGCCAAAACUUAUGCUUACUUGCAAAGCUAUUUUUGGAUCAUAAGACACUUUACUUUGAUGUAGAACCAUUUCUUUUUUACAUUCUGUGUGAAGUUGAUAAACAUGGAGCUCAUUUAGUUGGUUACUUUUCAAAAGAGAAAGAAUCACCUGAUGGCAAUAAUGUUGCUUGUAUUUUAACUUUACCUCCGUUUCAAAGGCAAGGGUAUGGGAAACUUCUAAUUGCUUUCAGCUAUGAGCUAAGCAGAAUAGAACAAACCGUUGGUAGUCCUGAGAAACCAUUGAGUGACUUAGGAAAAUUAUCAUACAGAAGUUACUGGAGUUGGAUUCUUUUAGAAAUUUUACGUGAUUUCCGGGGCACACUUAGUAUAAAAGAUUUGAGUCAAAUGACAAGUAUAUCACAAACGGAUAUCAUAUCGACACUGCAAAGCAUGAACAUGGUUAAAUACUGGAAAGGACAACAUGUAAUCUGCGUCACACCCAAAUUAGUCGAGGAACAUAUUAAAAGUAGUCAAUACAAGAGACCACGAUUAACAGUGGACAGUAGUGCACUUAGAUGGGGAGCUCCACCUCGGAAGAACAUAAAACCUGGCAAAAAGUAGCAAAAAACGAAUGGAAAUUCGAUGGUUUUCGUCAUCGUGAGAUUCACGAUUUAAUGUGUUUAGCAAACACUUGAUAAAGCACAGCUGUACACGUUAGUUCGCAAUGGUGUUCUCAAGUUUGUUAAAUAAUCUUUUAUGAUGCAUUAAAAUGCAUUGUAAACGUCCAGGGUCUCGUAUUUGAUCAGAAGCUAACGCGAGUGAACACGUUGAUUUAUAGAGCUUCGUUAAUUCUUUGGAGCAUAGAAAUGUUGAAAGGCGUUUGUGGAUAUCUCAUAUAGUCUGCUUCUUUUAGCAGUACAUUACAAAAAGAGAAAUGAGGAUGAAUUACUGAUAUUGAUUCGAAAUAUGUAUUUGUUGUGAUAGCGAAAGCAUCAUUUUAUUUUGAUUUGAGAUUUAUUGACUUCAUGCCACGUAAUUACAACUUGAAGAUACAAGCAUAUUGUAUUGUACGUAAUAAACAAAGAAAGAAAAGGAGAAAAGAAAAGAAAAAAAGAACAUUGUUAAU